GUGGCCCCCGCGGGGGCCGGCCUGGACCACCUGGACCUGAAGCUCAUCGCCAGCUUCGGCGUGAAGGUGGCCAACACCCCGGACGCUGUUUCCAGCCCCACGGCCGACCUGGGGAUGGCCCUGCUGCUGGCGGCGGCGCGGCGGGUGGUGGAAGGUCACCAACUGGCCAUCUCUCCAGAUACAGAGAACUUUGCCAUAAACUGGAUGGGUCAGGAAGUGACGGGCGCCACCUUGGGCAUCGUUGGCAUGGGCAGUAUCGGCUACAGGAUCGCUCAGAGGGCCACGGCGUUUGACAUGAAGAUUCUGUACCACAAUAGGAGACGCAGGAAAGCAGAGGAGGAGGACGCAGUCGGGGCCACGUACUGCGAGAGGCUGGAUGACCUGCUUCAGCAGUCGGACUUCGUGAUGGUGGCCGUGAGCCUGACGCCCCAGACCCGGGGGCUGAUCGGAAGGAGGGAGCUGAGACUGAUGAAGCCCACGGCCGUCCUGGUCAACAUCGGCAGAGGUCUGGUGGUGGAUCAGGAUGCCCUGCUGCAAGCACUUCAGACCGGGGUCAUCAAAGCAGCAGCACUGGAUGUGACGCACCCGGAGCCCCUGCCCAGAGAUCAUCCUUUGCUGAAGUUGAAGAACAUCAUUCUGACACCUCACAUUGGAAGUGCAACUCAUCAAGCCAGACGACAGAUGAUGGAAAAUUUGGUGGAAAGCAUCCUCGCUUCUCUCAAUGGGCUUCCCAUUCCCAAUGAAGUGCUACUUAAAUGAUUUAUGUGAGCUGAGACUUCACAGGGAUGAAAACAUGGCACAUAAAAUGGAAAAAAAAAUUUGUGUACUUA